AAUUCAUCAGGAGGCGGGAUUUAAUUUGUGAUUGAUUCGGAAACUCGCGUAUCCGAAACCAAAGAGAGGCAUUUCGGAACUGUUGUGUUCAAAGACUGGUGUGGUUCAAACAUGCAAGUAAAUGCUUCUGGAUAGCAUGCAACGAGUCAGAAAAAGGAAGGAAAUGAAGAAGAGCUGACUGUGCUAACGCAAAAAAAAAAAAAAAAAAAAAAACUGUAAAUAGCAUAUUUCAUCCUGAACGCGACGUUUUUAGCCCACAUAACGGCAGUUUUCAAAUGUAAAUACACUAAUUUGUAGCGGAGCUGGUGUUUGUGGCCAAUGGCGCGGUCUGUUUUGCAUAAUGAAAUACUCGAUGGCUGUAGAUCUGUUGUUUCGACAGUGAAAAGCAGCCGCACAGCACAACCCAGACGAUCGUUGCUGUUGUUUUCUGUGUCUGCUGGUUUUUGAAAAGCUCGAGCCAGCUCUGCAUGUGACCGCCUGCUUCUGCGCUCAGGGGAGGUGUUCAGCCGCAGCAAUGCUAGGUUAGCGUGGACAGAGUGAUCGAGAGAGAGAGAGAGCGAAUCACCAGGGCAGCAUGGCAGCUUUGAGCUCCCGCUGCUGCUUCUCCCUGGGCUUCCUGGUGGGUACCUGCACCCUCUACUUCUUCAUGACUCAGGUGUGGUUCGAGAGGAAAUUCAGCCUGCAGCUCGACAGCCAGGUCCUCUCCACAGCAGGACAGUGGGGAGGAGAGAACCAGAGCUGGAGAGUGGAUGGAUCAGCGCUCAUCAGUCUCCGGCACCCACACCUCCAAGGGGAGGACAGCCGUGUGGCGGACCAGCUCUACAAGAAGGUCCGCAUUCUCUGCUGGGUCAUGACCGGCCCAGACAACUUGGAGACCAAAGCCCGCCACGUGAAGGCCACGUGGAGCCGGCACUGCAACAUGGUGAUCUUCAUGAGCUCCCGCGAGGACCCAGACUUCCCUACAGUGGGGCUGGGCACCAAGGAGGGGCGUGAUCAGCUGUACUGGAAAACCAUCCGAGCCUUCCAGUACGUGGAGCAGCACCACUCCCACCAGGCCGACUGGUUCCUCAAGGCGGACGACGACACCUUCGUGGUGAUCGAUAACCUCCGCUGGAUCCUCUCCAACUACACCGCCGACGAGCCCAUCUACUUCGGCAAGCGCUUCAAGCCCUACACCAAGCAGGGCUACAUGAGCGGCGGGGCGGGCUACGUGCUGAGCAGGGAGGCGCUGCGUCGCUUUGUGGAGGGCUUCCGCACCAAGGCGUGCACACACACCACCUCGGUGGAGGACCUGGCCCUGGGGCAGUGCCUGGAGAAGAUGGGCGUGCUGGCCGGAGACUCGCGGGACUCCAUACACCGGGAGACCUUCCACCCCUUCGUCCCCGAACACCACCUCACCAUGAAAUUCGCCAAGAGCUUCUGGUACUGGAACUACUGCUACUACCCCAUCGUGGAGGGUCCUCAGUGCUGCUCAGACCUGGCUGUCUCCUUCCACUAUGUAGAUGCUGAGCUGAUGUACAUGCUGGAGUAUUACACCUACCACCUGCGAGCGUAUGGCUACCAGUACCGCUACCAGCCCAGCCUGCCUGAGGGAGUGGAGCCAGACUCCGCCAGGACAGAGCACUCCCCGCUGGGCGCAGAGAGGGACGCCCCGGGGAACGGCACCUCCAAACUGUGAACACACUGCACACUCUACAGCUGCAGAGAUGCUGUACCGGACCUGUCCCAUGAGAAGCACUGAUGAAGAUGAAGAGUGAAGACCGUGAAGCUGCACUACCAGGGUUACGCUGCAGGGGCAGUAUUACUAAACCAAGUAGCUCUACCCUAUUGAGUGUCUGUUCACACGUGUUUGUUUUUCCAAAUAAACCCAGACUUAAACUGUGAAAAAAAAAAAAAUAACGCUUCACUUGGAAACUAACUAGCUUUGCUAGUUGACGUCCAUAUUUUUCUGAACUCAUGUUGCUUACAAUGCGUUUCAAACCCAGCUGCCUAAGCGAAGCCUCCUCUUUCAAUCAAAACUGAAAGGGAGUGUGUUUAGAAGCAUUGGUUUACAAUACGCUUUCAUGAAGAGAAACAUUUCAAAAUCAAGUGGCCCAAACCACCCAAGUUUAAAUGGACAAAUGCAAGCAGAUCAUUCUCAUGAAAAUGGUUAUUAUUAUUUUUUUAUUUUUUAGUGGUGCAAAUCAAAACGUUCUGAAGAAUGUGAUUGUUAAUUAGUUUACAAAGUGUAUUGUACAGUAAUCUCAUCCUUGCAGUAUUAGUCUCCUACAGCCAGACUGUGCCUAUAUUCACACUGUAAACCCAGCUGCCUCAUUGCCUUGUUGGGUGUUUAUGGUGAAAUGUAUUGCAAUGAAGGGCAAUUAAGGGGCUUCUAAUUUGAACACAAGAGAGUGAGACUUUAAUUCACUUAUUCUAGCUUGAAAUUGAACUGAAUGCUUCAAGGUACUUUGGGCAUCUCUCUGUUACUGUUUGAUGGUUGAUUAAAGAUGUGUCAAGUUUCUGA